GAGGUCACCGUCCUGGUGAUGAUCUUGUUGAUGAAAUUGCUUGAAAUGAACCAUGAAAUUGCUUCCUUUGAGACGAUGGAAGCGUCCACUGCAUUUUUUUUAUAAGGGCAGCUGGCAGAAUGAUGGAAAUGCGUAUGCAUAAUCAAAUCAAAGUCGAUUCCUUAUUGGUCACUUCACAUUGACAAUUUUUCCAAUCGUAAAGUCAUUUAAAAAUCACAAUGGGUUGUUGGCUUUUAAAUAUAGAUUGUCACCAGUGACCAGCAAAUUUUCCAUUUACAAUUCUAUACCUUUAAUGAACUAGGGGAAAUUAUAGAAACCAAGGGGCUCAUCUUAAAAAAAAGGAAGGAAAAUGAUAUUUUGCACGCAACAGAAUUUCCAAAAAAAAACCAGAGUUGCCUAAACUUUUCGUCGCUUAAUUAUACGGCAAAUAUACCUGUAUACCCUCAGGUGUCCACUUUAGCGCAAAACAGAUGUAUUUGAUAAACGGUCCCUGCGCAAAAAUUAUUUAAGACCAAUCGAUCUCGUUCAGAAGAGAAGAGUUUCCUAAAACUUAAGCAACAUCGGUUACAGAUAACUGAAGAUGGAAUCAACUGUAGAAACCGCCACAGUAGCUUCUACCAUAGCGUUUCACCAUCGAGUGAUUGUAGCAUCUAUCUUGAUAGCAUCCUCAAUAAUUGGUCUUCUUGGCAACUCUCUCGUCAUCAUUUCCGUCAUCACCACGAAGAAGCUUCGUACAAUCACCAACAUCUUGGUGGUCAAUCUCGCUGUCGCCGAUUUCUUGUCCUGCGUAUGCUUUCCGUUUAUAGUCAUCGGUUUACUGAAUCAAACUGGACAGUACCCACUCCAUGAAAGCGUCUGCGCCUCUGUAGCAGGUGUGCUUCAUACCUGCGUCUUAUGCAGCGCUUCGACCCUUGUUGUGAUCGGGUUCAUUCGGAGGUAUGUCAUAACCAGAUCUGUACGCGGACACCAAGGUUUCCAUACCCCUAGGAAGAUCGUCUCUGUGGCUCUGGUCGUCUGGAUGUUUUCGGCUGCAUACAUGAUAUUACCACCUGUUCUUGGUGUCGGAAGAUUUGGGUAUUCCUCGUAUUAUGGGAUAUGUACUUUCCUUGGGGUCACCAGGCCAGCGUUUUACUACGUUACCUUUCAUGGAAUCUUGUUUGCUACAAUCCUUCUGCUUACCCUGAUAUUUUAUGGCUCGAUUUUGCACCAUGUCAUGCGACACAAUCAGCUCUUUCGCGAAAAGUUCGCAAUCAAGAAAGAUGUCUCUCCUACUUCAGGUGACGCCAACCAAAGCAAAGUUUCCACGUCGUCCGAUUCCCCAACUCCCAUGAUCAAGGCCAUCAACCGGAAGGAGGUCGAGAUCACUAAGAAUGUGUUCUUGGUUGUCUGUAUCUUCAUCGUUUGUUUCUUGGCAUCUAGCGUGAACUUCAUCAUUCCAGGAAGCAGUCUAUCCACCAUCUAUGGUUACAUGGUCAUGAUGAUAAAUAGUAUGAUUAAUCCCAUCAUCUAUGGCCUGAAGCAUCCCAACUUUCAAGAAGCUUUCAAAAGAAUCCUCUGCUGUCGCCGUGCACCUCAAGAAUACGUUUCGAAGUAAUAUGAAAGGAAACAUUGAUCUGAGGUAAUUCAAAGUGUAAGGCAAGUUUUGUUAUAAGGGGAAAUCGCCUUAUUCUAUAUACAGCAAGUCGUUUAGAAUUAGAUUUUCUGAAUAAUUUGUUGAAAUUUCACUCUUUGGGUACACUAUAGAAAAUAUGCGAAAUACCACAAGAACAAAAUUCCAUAAAAAAGGGAUGGUCUAACCUUCAAGGGAAAGGGAUGUAGCUCGAUUGGAGGUAAUCUGAUAAUCGAAACUUAGGUUUGACCCUAACCUUGUUUUUAUCG